UUAUAUUUCAUAUCCACCUAAACCCUAAUACUAGUUUUUUAAGCAAAUCUGAUCGUAAGAAUAGAGAGAGAAGCGGCGACAACGCAGAAACACAGGGUUUUGUUUCAACAGGAGAAAAUUUGAUACAAUUUUUUGAUUUUGAAAGAAAGAUGAAGGUGAAGGAGCUUAAAAUUUGUAAGGAUUUUCGGAAAUUUUUGAAAAACUUUGAUGAAGAAGAUCGUACUGAUCAGUCAAUACUAUAUAAAAAAGAAUCGUUCAAACUAAAGCCGAUUUAUCCAGAUGAGGUUGUUGAUGACGAUUAUAAAACUAAAGUCAUUGAAAUUGGAGGAUUUAAAGGGAAUUGCACAGCUGUUCAUACUGGAACCUUGUUGAAAUUUGAUUUGAAAUUUGAUUUAUCUGCUGACGACAACAAUCCAGUGUUGAAAUUUUAUGUACUGAACACAGUAGCGAUAAUUCACCCCCAUGACUACCUACUAACUAAACGUUUAGAUCUACUCCACUCACUUUGUGAUGGUUAUUCCGGCUAUGCAUUUGAUUGUGAAGAAGGUUUUCUUGACGAUGAGGGUAAUGUUAAAGUAGAAUUGCAGAUUCAGAUUUUUGGAGAAAAUUUCUUCCAGCCUCUCCUUGUAAAGAAGUAUCGAGCUGAGCUUCUUUUGGCUAAUAUGCAUUCGGUGAACAUAAUUUGUUCUCGUUUUUUUAAGAAGACAAUGGAUGACUUGAAGAGCCUGAUUCACAAUGAAAUUAAGUGGCCAAGAUUUUGUACUUUCAUGAAAGAAAGUGGCAAAAGUUCAACGAACAUAAUGAUUCGGGAAAAGGAAGAUGUAAUUAAGGAAGCCUUGGUGCAUGAAUUUUUUAUAGAUGGUGUUGUGACAUCUCCUUUGCUAAUGGAGAUAUUAUGCGAUGGUUAUGAAUCAAUAAAGGCUAACAAUACUACGGAUAAGUUUGUCAUAAUUGAGAAAGAUUGUUUUGAGUUGGUGGUUGAUGAUGAUGUGCCAUCCCUACUUAAAAGGGUUGUUGAUAAAGAGUAUAAACCUAUAUAUGAAAGCAUUGUCACACAGUUUGGUUGCAUGAUUCUGGAAAUAUUUGUUCUUGACUAUCUAUUCAGAAAAAUGGAGAAGAACUUUACUCAAAGUGACGAGCUCAAUCAAUCGAACUAAAAAGAAGUCCGAGAAAAAAGUGAAAAAAAUGGGAGAAGCAAAAGGAAUAAAAUUGAGGUGAACUUUACUCUCUUUCAAAUUGAAAAGAAGUUGAACAAAAAUGGAAAGAAAAGUGUAGGCGAAGCAUUGUGUUUGCUCAAAUAUAUAGCGGUCGAAUUGUGGACUUCCUGUAUUUGACAAUCCACCGAAGAUAUGCAAGGGGAAAAGAAAAAAAAACUGGUCAUGAGAUGUACGAAGUAGAAAGUAAUAGUGAAAUAAGAACAUUUUCUUUUAGAAGGUUUUCUCAUAUAUAGUUUGGAAAGAUGAUGUACCUAAAAUGUGUCCUCGUGAUUAAUUUGAUACUGUCUGCGACGUUCUUUGUUGAGAUAAUGAUUAUCAUAUAUUUCAAAUA